UGAAUGCAGCUCUGUUCGGUGCGCUGGAAUCGAAGGUCUUGCUCUGUCUCUAUCCUAUGAACAAGCUGCUGUUCAUACACGUUUGGCUGCAUGUCUGUGUUGCAGUUACAGUGCCCCGGUCUCCAGUGACGUCACCUCCCGGCAGUGAUGUCACUCUCAGCUGCUCUUUCUCCUAUAAAGCGGGGGCUGAUCUCACCAGAGUGGUGGUUACCUGGCAACGCCCUCCUGCCGAUCAUGUCGUCCACAGUUUCUAUUACGGUCAGGACCAGCUGGCUCUGCAGAAUGAAACCUACAGGAAUCGGACCCAGCUGUUCCCAGAGCAGCUCAGUGUGGGGAACGCCUCCCUCAGACUGAAACAGGUGCGGGGGGAGGAUGAGGGCUGGUACACCUGCUCUGUCACCAACCAAGUGGAGAGCACCAAGGGAGACGUGCAGCUCAUAGUGGCAGCUGAAUUCAGCGAGCCUCAGCUGGUCAUUACUGACCAUCCGGACAGUCCAGACAAGGCUCUCCUGAGCUGCAUCUCCACAGGAUACCCCAGCGCUUCAGUGCAGUGGCUGAAUGAGACAGGAUGUGACAUCACAGAGAGCAGCAGGACUAGCCAAUCCGUGGACAGGGAUGGGCUGGUGGAAAUCACAAGUCACAUUCUAGUGUCCAGGGAUGCUAAUUAUACCUGUGUUCUUACCCACAGCCGACUGAACCAAACCCUCAUGAAGACGAUCACCUUAACAAAGAAGGGUUAUCCGGACAGGCAUCGCAUUGUUUUGUGGGUUGUCUUGACAGUGGUAGGGGUAGCAACAGUGAUCAUUGUAAUCUGCCUGCUUUUCAAGCGCAGCUGUGAUGCCAGCACACCAACAGAUCCAACAGAACAACAGAACAUGCCCUGUCUGAUUUAACGGGUUCCAGGGGUCCAUCAGAUGUGUAAAAGUAUCACAUCUCAUGGAGUUGUUCUCAUACAUUGCAGUUGCUUUAUUAACAGCUGGGCAGUAUUGAGCAAUACCGGACCGCUCAAGGGUGUAAUGCAGCCCUGACGCCACAGGCACCUUAUCGCCCCUGGAAGGUGCGGUAUUCCCCAAUAACGCCCAACCUGUCGGGUCUUAGAAAAUCGGCAACUGUUUACGAAAAAAAAAGACAGAAACAAAUUUUAUGGUUUAAAACGUGAACAUUCAGAGGCUCAAGGAUAUCUAUCCAGGUGAAAAGGCACUUAUGCCGGUACUUUUUAUUUCGUGGUCAUCUAUUGAAAGUUAAUGGACCCCCCCCCGCCAAGGAUACUAGCCAAUGAGAUGCCAGGAAAUACAAAAAAAAUGAAUGAUGUCUAAAACACCAAAGCACGGUACAGCACUUACACUAUAUGAAGACAAUCUGUGAACAUUACUGCAAAUAAGGACUGCACUUUAAUACAGUAUUUGGAAAUGUACUAAAUAGUAUUCCAAAAACUGUUCUUGCUGUGCUUUCUCAGCCCUAAAGUAUUUUUUCAUGUUUUUAUUUUUUUGUACUGCCCCGUGUGUGUUAACCCGUGACAGAAUCAACAACAAGAAAGCGCGCUCACAAACACAAACUGGCUUUGGACUUUGGCGUAAAAAAAUCGUAAUUCUAUGAAUUGCUUGCUUUCUUGUUUUCUUUUAUUUAACACGGUUAACUGAUUUUUAAACCAGCAUGUUGUAUAUUCAACACAUCUAUAAAUAAAGAAGCCACUCCACUGGACUGGAAAAUUGGCAAUGUCUGAACUAUAUUUAAAAAGGGAGAUCAAUUUCACCCUGGCAACUACAGACCUAUGAGCUUAACUUCAAUUGUAUACAAAGUCAUAGAAACUAUAAUAAGGAGCAAAAUAUAAAGAAUAUUUAUAUAAUAACAAUAUUAUAGGGGGCAGCCAACGUGGCUUCAGGAAGGGUAGAUCUUGUUUAGAUUUAUUAGAUUUCUUUCAGUGGAUGAAGGUCUAAAGUCAACUUGACAAGUUAUAUAGCCGAGAGAGUUGAAUUCAAAGCUAGAGAAGGUAUGGUGACCCAUUGGAACAGGCUGCCGGACAGCGUUGUUGAAGCAGAGACUCUCGGAUCCUUCAUGAAUAGACUGGAUGCUGACAUGAACAAUCCUGUAUCACCUCUCUGUGACCAUAAUGAGACCUUUAGUUAGCCAUCUGGAGGAAGGGCGGCCACUAAUUUAAAAGAACUGAAUUUAAUAUAUUUUUUUAAUGUUUUGUAAAAAAAAAAAAAAAAAUCUCAAUUUCUAUGCAACAACCGUAAUUUUCAAAUGUUAAAUAAUACCUGUAAAAGAUUUUUGUUUUUACUGAAAUGAAUACUUCAAUGUAUUUCACCUUUUUUUCCCUCUAUACUGUAAGAAACAUUAAAAUGUAAUGCAUUUGACUUUAAAAAUACGUUUUGUUUAUAAAUGAACUGUUAAGUGCGGGUAAAAUGAACUGUUUCUACCUUUAUUUGUAAAUUUACGGUGUUCUACAUUUGUGGCUGUUGCCUCCAUAGAAUCAAAAAAUCUUAAUCUUGAAAGUUCGUCUUAGUAUCUCAAAAAUAUUGACUUUCAAUCUCAUAAUUAUGAUUCUAGUUUUGUUGUUAAUCAAAGAAAACCUC